UAUUGCUGGUCGCUAAUCGCUUCUUAAGAGGUUAAACGUCGCAAUAACGAUGAAAGUGUAGAAUAUUUUGCAAAAAUAAAUAGUGUCGUGUUCCUGGGGAAAAAAAAUGGAGAAGUACUCUCACAAGAGAGAUUACGAGAGAUCCAGAAAAGAAGACAGAGAUCGGUAUAAGCAUAAAGAUAGAGUUUCACGUAGGAACGAUGAUAGUGAUCAUGAGAGUCAGUCGAGAAGUACAAAAUCUAAACGUAAACAUUCAAAAAGUUCAAGUAGAAAAUUUAAAAAGUCCAAACGUAGAGAAUCUUCUGAAUCGCGAGAAUAUCGCAAAAAAUCAUCUAAACAUAAAAGUCGGAGAAGAUCAUCAUCAUUAUCUUCAACUUCUUCAAAUUCAUGUGAUUCUAGCAGCCCAUCUUCUUCAGAUUCGUCCUCAGAUUCUACUAAGCUCUUAGAGAAACUUCAAAAGCAACGUCAAAAGCAAGUUGAAGAUAGAAAGCAUCAGAAAGAAGUAAUGAAGGCUACAGAAACACCGGAGGAAAAAAGAUUAAGGCGUUUAAAGAAGAAAGAGGCCAAGGAACGCAAGCGUAAAGAAAGAAUGGGUUGGGAUAAUGAUUAUUUACAUUAUACAAAUACAGAUAAUCCUUUUGGCGAUGGAAACUUACUCUCCACAUUUGUAUGGUCGAAAAAGCUUGAGAAAGAAGGUCUGCUAGGUGUUAGCAGAGAAGAGUUAGAGAUUAGGAAUAGACAUAAACAAGAAGAGAAUAAGAGGGAGUUGGAGAAAGUUAAGAAAAGGCGGCAAGAAAGAGAAUUAGAAAGACAACAGAGAGAAGAAGAGAUGACUAUGCUUCAAAGAGGAAAGGAGGCUGCUCAGUUAGAACAAUGGGCAAGGCAAGAGGACCAGUUUCAUUUAGAGCAAGCUAGAUUGAGAUCUCGAAUUCGUAUACAGGAUGGUCGUGCUAAACCAAUUGACCUUCUCGCAAAAUAUAUUAGUGCAGAGGAGGAGGUAGAUGCCGUUGAAAUGCACGAACCCUACACUUACUUGCGUGGUUUACACGUAAAAGAUUUAGAAGAUUUAAUUGAGGAUAUCAAAGUUUAUAAGGAAUUGGAACGUGAUAAGAACUUGGAUUACUGGAAUGAUAUUACAGUAAUUGUUGAAGAUGAGUUACACAAGUUGAGAAAGCUAGAAAGAUCAGAAUAUGAAGUUGCUGUUGGUAGGAGAGAAGGAAUACACGAAUCCGUAGCUAAAGAUGUAACUGCCAUUUUCAAAGGAAAGACUGCAUCACAGUUGGAAGCAUUGCAAUUACAAAUUGAAGCAAAGAUCACAGGGAAGCCUGAAGGUGUAGACAUUGGAUAUUGGGAGAGUCUUCUAUCCCAACUAAAAGCACACAUGGCGAGAGCACGGUUGAGGGAUCGGCAUCAAGAAAAUUUGCGCAAGAAGUUAGAAGUUUUAAUUGCCGAACAAGGAGUUUCGAGAACAGAGAACGAACCUGAGGAAGAAAUUCAUGGAUCAUCUGAAGAGGAGGGUGUGGUCACAAAUGUUUGUUCAGUAACAAAUGAAGAAAGUCAAUCAGACGUGGAGCAAGAAACCAGUAAUGCAGCUGACGAUCUUCUGUCGGAAUCAUGUUGCGAAUAUGAAUCGGGAGGAUAUUCUCCAAAGUAUAUACCAUAUUCUCAGCUUGAACCCGGAACUUUAGUCACGUUGGAAGAAGACGACAAUCAGCGAUUGGAGUAUGCGAGAAAUCAAGUACUCAGCACUGGGCGAAAGAUUCAGAAUGUGAUGACAGCUGAGGAACAAGCGAUGCACAGAGAGGCACGGAGGAAUAUGGGGUCCGACGAGGCUCAGUUCAGUGUCGAAUCGUCUUUGGAAGCACAGAUUUAUUUAUGGUCCGAUAAAUAUCGACCCAGAAAGCCAAGAUACUUCAAUCGAGUACAUACCGGCUUCGAAUGGAACAAGUACAAUCAAACGCAUUACGAUAUGGACAAUCCACCCCCAAAGAUUGUUCAAGGUUACAAAUUCAAUAUAUUUUACCCUGAUCUGAUAGACAAAAACACAACUCCUGAAUAUUUUCUGACACCCUGUGCUGAUAACAAGGACUUUGCAAUCUUGAGGUUCCAUGCUGGACCGCCAUACGAAGACAUAGCGUUCAAGAUCGUGAACCGCGAAUGGGAGUAUUCGUACAAACGAGGAUUCAGGUGUCAGUUUCACAACAACAUUUUUCAGUUGUGGUUCCACUUUAAACGAUACCGAUACCGCCGAUAAUAUCUCGGUAUCAUGUACAAUAUGUGUAUAUAUAUAUAUAUAUAUGUAUAUUUCUGCGAAUAUAUUUUCUAGAUAUACAAUAGAUUUAAUUUUGA